UAGUACGAGACUGAACUUGAAAGUCGUGGUUUGUUGACACAUUUUUUUCACUUAACCCUAAUUAAAUUUUUUUCCGCAUAAUUUUGUUUAAAAAAAAUGUACGAUAGACAGUCGAGCGGAAUUCCUCCUCCAUGGAAGGGACGAAAAUACAAAAGAAUUCAUCACGAAAAUCUCGAUGCGGUCCUGAAAGAACUCGGCGUCAAUGCAGUUUCGCGAAAAUUAGUGGGACGCGUGCCGAUUGCCGUUCGUCUCAUAAAACAGCAAGACGAGUAUGUGUGGCGCGAAGAAAUUCCCUUCAAGACACACGAAAUUGUUUUCCGGGAAAAUGUGGAAUUUACGCAGCAACGAGCACUGCUGCGGAAUAAUGUACGGGCAAUUAUGCGCUUCGAGGGCGAGGAUAAUUGUCGACUUGUGCACAAUCAAAUGGGCGAUCCACGCAUCGAAAUUAUCAAUGAUUUUACGGAGGAUGAACUUGUGCAGUGACAGUCAAUGGAAUCGCAUGUAAGCAUUAUUACAAAGUUGUUUGAUGCAAACUAGCGAACGGAUGAUGUAAAAAAAUACUUUUUUUGUGAUCGGAUGACGCACCAUGGAAUAAUGAUGAAAAAGGACAUUUGGCACGAUAAAAAAUGUUUUUGCUAGAUUUAAAUUUUUAAUUGUGUAGUUAGAUUUUUUUAUUUUUAGAGAUUAAAUUUUAUGGAUUGAUAAAAAAGUAGAAGAAUUUCUAUUUAAAAAUUGUGUAAACAAAUGAUAUCAUAUCAUAUUGAUAAGAAAAUAAAUCCGGAUCGAAGCGGUUUUAUUUAUGACAGAUUUUUUUUCUUAUUAAUUAAUGAA